AUGACAAAGCACUGGGGGGGUCCAGGCUUGUUGGCACCACCCGUGAUCACCGUAGGAGCAGGAGCACAACGCGACCAUCACCUUGACUGCAGAAUCGGCUAUUCCUCUUCCAAGCGCAGCUGUCAUCGCUCCACAAACCCGUUGCUGGAGCUCGGUGGCCGGCUGGAUAAGUGCACAGGGAUGGCGCAGGACUCUUGUUAUAGAGCCAAACCAACGAAUCAAGGCCCAUGGGAACUGCAGGAUGGAAACUCCAGUGGAGGAAAGAAGAAAAACUAUCAGCGUUAUCCCAAACCACCGUACUCUUACCUGGCUAUGAUCGCCAUGGUCAUCCAGAACUCGCCAGAGAAGAAGCUCACUUUAUCAGAGAUUCUGAAGGAGAUCAGCACUCUCUUUCCAUUCUUUAAGGGAAAUUACAAAGGCUGGAGGGACUCUGUCCGACACAAUCUGUCCUCGUAUGAUUGCUUUGUGAAGGUGCUUAAAGAUCCUGGUAAACCUCAAGGUAAAGGUAACUUUUGGACUGUGGAAGUGAACCGAAUUCCCCUGGAGCUGCUAAAGAGACAAAAUACAGCAGUGUCCCGUCAGGAUGAAACCAUCUUUGCUCAGGACCUGGCUCCGUACAUCUUUCAAGGUUACAGUCAGCCAAACAAGUCCAAAUCUCUUCCCCCUGACUCGUCUUUACCCUCUGUUCCAACCCGUCACAGCCCACCUCAAUCAGAGGACCCAUAUCGUCCCAAACUGGACUCUACGUUUGCUAUAGAUUCUCUCCUCCAUAGCCUCAGGCCUUCUUGUUCGGCUGGGGAGGGGUUACGGGAGAGAGAAAGUUGGGGCGUCGGACCUCCUCCGCACACUCGCUCUACCACUCCCCCACGCCCUUGUAAUGCUUCAUACAAUGGCAGUUCAUCAGCCAGCUCUGUCAGUCCCGCGUCCGAUUUGUCUGAUGAGGACUGGAGAGGGGUGACACUUGUUGGGAAAAGGUCAGGAGACCGAGGAAUAGCAUCGGACACAUACAGUGAUUCCUGUCCUCCACCAAACAAAAGUUCCAAACGAGGCAACACCCCGCCAUGGGAGCUACCAACUUCCUAUGCCAAGUACACCCCUCCCAAUGCCGUAGCCCCUCCAAGCAUGCGCUUUAAUGGAAAUCCAUUCAUGCCACUGGGCGGUAUUCCAUUCUAUGGUUAUGGUGGUGCACAUGUUACUACAUCACAUCUGAUAGGUCACCCAUACUGGCCCAUUCUACCAAGUGGGCCAGUAUCCAUACAAGCACCUCCCCUUCUCAUGGACUUGGACAGUAUGCUGCAAUCAGUUCCGCCCAAUAAGAGCGUGUUUGAUGCGCUUGGAUCCAACAAUCAGACUGCUCGCCCGUCUCCAAACCAGUAUGCCCUUCAGAACGGACCUUCCCUUUGCAAAUAUUCUCUUUAA